AAAUGAAGUGCAUAAAUCGCUCUACAUUGGGCCUCAUUGUUGGCGGUAUAAAUAUUUUUGGUGGUAUUAUUGCUAUAAUUUAUAUUGUAAAAUUGUUAUGUGAAUUAGAUAGUUUAUCGGAAAAGGACAAAGAGGAAAAUAAGGAUCUGUUAACUACUUCUAUCGUAACACUGUAUAUAAUAUUGUUAAUUUGUGUUAUUGGAAUUAUUAUAUCGGUUCUUCUAAUAGUGGGCAUUAUGAAGAAACGUCAUACAUUAAUGAAACCUUGGAUUUAUUGUUCCGUUGCCAGUAUUGUAUGUCAAGGUUUUCUACUUGUUGCUGGUUUAGUUAUGGGCCUAGUAAAAAAUUUACCAUUCCAUAGUGUGUUUUUAUCCUUCAUAUUUGGUCUUAUAACAUUAGGACUACAAAUCUUAAUAUUUUAUGCUAUCCAUAGAUUAUAUAAGGAUCUACGAGAUGCCAGUCAUGACGAUAAGCAUUCAAUGGAACUAGAAGCCAAAUAG